AGAGCAUCCCAUGAAUCAUUUUGUUUGACUCUUCUCUCCCAUCCAGAUGUGCAAGUGGAUCACUUGAAUCUCCUAAAGCAGUUUGAACACCUGGACCCCCAGAAUCAGCACACAUUCGAGGCACGCGACCUAGAGCUGCUGAUCCAGACGGCCACCCGGGACCUCGCCCAGUAUGACGCAGCCCACCAUGAGGAGUUCAAACGCUAUGAGAUGCUCAAGGAACAUGAGAGACGUCGUUACCUGGAAUCUCUGGGAGAGGAGCAGCGAAAGGAGGCAGAGAGGAAGCUGGAGGAGCAGCAGCGCCGGCACCGAGAGCACCCCAAAGUCAAUGUGCCUGGCAGCCAAGCCCAGUUGAAGGAAGUGUGGGAGGAGCUGGAUGGAUUGGACCCCAACAGGUUUAACCCCAAGACCUUCUUCAUACUACAUGAUAUCAACAGCGAUGGUGUCCUGGAUGAGCAGGAGCUGGAGGCCCUCUUCACCAAGGAGCUGGAGAAGGUGUAUGACCCAAAGAACGAGGAUGACGACAUGCGGGAGAUGGAGGAGGAGCGGCUGCGCAUGCGGGAGCACGUGAUGAAGAAUGUGAGGGGGCGUCGGGUGAGGGGGCGUCGGGUGAGGGGGGGAUGGGCCCCCAGCUUUGUCACUUACCCGGCUCCCCAGGUGGACACCAACCAGGACCGCCUCGUGACCCUGGAGGAGUUCCUGGCAUCCACCCAGAGGAAGGAGUUUGGAGACACUGGGGAAGGCUGGGAGACAGUGGAGAUGCACCCCGCCUACACCGAGGAAGAGCUGAGGCGUUUCGAGGAGGAGCUGGCUGCCCGGGAGGCAGAGCUGAAUGCCAAGGCCCAGCGCCUCAGCCAGGAGACCGAGGCUCUAGGGCGGUCCCAGGACCGCCUGGAGGCCCAGAAGAGAGAGCUGCAGCAGGCCGUUCUUCAUAUGGAGCAGAGGAAACAGCAGCAGCAGGGCCACAAUGUCCCGGCCUCCGACCCUGAGGGACACCUCAAGUUCCACCCAGACACAGACAAUGCGCCUGCCCCGCCUCUGAUCGAAGACAAGAAGAAUGUGGACACCUCAGAGAAGAAGCUUCCUGAGCAGCCCCCUGAGGUGCCCCAGUCAGAUUCCCAGCACCUGUGACCCUACAGGGACCCGCCCUCCCGGGUCUGAGGCUCCAAGGCAGCCGAUGAGAGCUGGGUGAAAUGGCACAAUCAGCCUUCCCCAGGGCCGCACACGUGUGGCCUCUGGGGGGGCACUUGGGGUGGCAUUUCACACAUGGCUGCCAGGCCCCACGUCUGCCUGUCUCAACUUUCACAGCCUUGUGAGUCUUGAACCUUUCCUCUGUCCCCGCAAGGGGCCUGUCUUCUCUUGCCAGUGAGGAACUCACUGGGUCAGCUGCGCUUAGGAAAGCCCCUCCUGGGAUGGCCAGCUCCCAGCCUGCCUUCCCAGGUGGCUUUGGCCUGUGGCCGCUCCAGGACCCUGUGUCCCCACAGUUGCUGGAGCCCACCUGCCGCUCCAGGUCGAGCUUCGUCCGAUACAUGGGGGCUUGGGGUGGUCCCUCGAGAGCUUCUCCAACCUUCCGUGAGACCAGCGAUGCCUCUGAGACAGUGUCUUCUCCAUAGCUGGGGGCUGAGGGGGCUGAGGGGCAGGGGACCCUCAGCCCAGCUGGACAGCUCCGACACCAGGAGCUCGGACCCUGCCUGUGCCCCUGGCUCCAGCCUCCUCAUCAAAGCCUCCUCUCAGACCUCCAGGACCCAGAAUGGGCUCAGAGCUGACCCCGCCCCAGGACCAGGUCCCGCCCCUCAGCCUCAUGUAUAGACCCUGAAAGUCAGCCCAGCCUACAUUCCUGGCCUCACCUCACAGUGCUCCUUGCCCUGCUCUGUGCUCCAGUCCCAUCCAAAUACACUUUCUGGAACAAA